AUGGCUUCUGCCAACCCCGAUCAAGCAGUCUCCAGCAAGCCGGUCGCCGUCCGGGUUGACUCACAGGACGCGCCAUCGCAGAGCCGCAGGGUGAGCGCCGGCAUGCCGCAGCCGAGACGCGCCCAUACCUUCCAGAACGACAGAGCCGCCCAUAGCCAUCCGCUGGAUGCCUUUGAGGCAUCACAGGACGCCGACGAGCACGGCGAGGCCGCUGACUAUGGCCGAAGCUCCGUUGAUCUCGACGAGCUGCCCAUUGAGCUCGUCACCUUGACAGACAGGUACAACGACGCUCCGCCCCUUCACCCAGAGCUGACGAACCACGUUGCUAACGAACAACACGGCCUGCCCUGUAGCUUUAUCGAAUCACUGAGCGCCAAGGUCCAUUCGACGCCGCCCAAAAUACACAAGAUGUCUCAGCUCUUCCAGGACUUUUACGCCCUGGCCUCCUCCCACAUCCAGACGCACAUCAGUGCCCUCGCGACGAGGCAGCGUCGCGGCCCGUCGCCGAACCCCUCGUCCUCGUCCUCCCUCGCCUCCGCCGCCAGUCGCCUCCGCGCCCGAACCACCUCCUCGCUUAAGUCUAAGGACAGUAAUAUGAAAUUACUGGACACGGAGCAGCAAAUGAUCACUGCGGAGGAGCUCGCAGACAGGAAAAAGGCCCGCAGGGCGCUCGAAGCCAAGAAGGGCUUGAUGGAGGAGGCCGUGGAGCGGCGUCUCUGCGAGGCCGUCUACGACCGGAUAUACCGGCACCGCAGCACUCAGGACGAGGCGCAGGAUGACAAGCUGCGUUCCAAAACGGCCGCGCUGGCGCUGGUCAACAUUGGCCUGGCGGACCUCGGCGUUGAUCUCGGGCAAGACGACGACCACGACGACGACGGCGACCGCGACAAGGACGACGGGGGUCCGACAUUUCACGGUGGGGAGAUUCACGAGUCGCUGGCGCCCGCGCGCAGGGAGCUCAUCGCCAUGAACGACUCGCACUACCCGCUAGGCAAGAUCAACCACCUUCGGGCCGUGCAUCGGAGUAUCGUCGACACGCUCUCGCGCUUCCACCCGUCCGCGUCCGCCGACGAGAUCAUGCCCGUGCUUAUUUACACCCUCAUCACGCUCGCCCCUGAGCACCUACACGCCAUCAGCAACCUCCGCUUCGUGCAGCAUUUUCGCUGGGAGCCCAAGCUCACUGGCGAGGCGGCCUACUGCCUGACCAACUUCGAGGCCGCCAUCAGCUUCCUCGAGACGGUCGACCUCUCCACCCUCCGCAACGACGAGCACCCCUCCGGCCCGCCCAAGGGCACCACCACCGCCGCAGCCGAGGCCACUAAGCCGGAUACCUUCCCUCCAGCCUAUAUCCAAGGGGACAGUUCCGCCUCCGCCGCCUCCACCGAAACAAGCACGGAGACCGUCAUGGCUGCCGAGCCUACAGCCACCUCCUCCGCCUCAUCCUCGUUACCCGGCGGUGGGCUCACGGCGGCGGCGGUGCUGCGUAAUCGACGCCUUAGCGGCCUUGUCAACACGCCAGCGCAAGCGUUUGGCGCUGCCAGCGGUGCCGUGUUCAGCACCGCCGACCAAGGCCUCAAGACCAUCUCCAGCAGCCUAGGCGAGAGCUACUCGUUCCUCAUCGGCAAGUUGCGCCAGCAGCAAAAGGCCACCGGCGGCCACGGUGGUGCCGCCGAGGCCGUCACAGUGCCGCGCACACUCGACGAGGCCCGGAAGCUCGUCAGCACGCCGCCCCUCCUCGGCGACGACGAGGACGAAGACGAAGAUGAAACCGCAAGCCUGCAGAGCAGCAGUCCCGCGGCAGCAGAGAACGGCCCCAAGCCCGCGCGCCGUGACUCUGUCCUCGCACUCAUCGGCGGCGGGCGCGAGCCCAGCGCCGACAGCCGCCGAAGCCGCCGCAGCGCAAGCUCCCUGAAAAGGGUGGAACUCGCCGGGAGCAGUAGACGCACGCCGACACCGCCGCCGCCCGCCGCGAGCACCACGACGGUAGCCGGCGCCGCGCAGCAGCAGGGCGCCGCCAUGCUAGACCAGGUGCGCAGCCUUGGCAGCAGCUUCAACCCCAUGGCGCGCCUGCCGAGCAUGGCCGGCUUUCGAGGCUUCGGUCGCGCCUCCGCGACCUCUACUACGCCGCCUGUCGGAGGGGUGACGUCAAUCAAGGACGGCAGUGGUAACAGCAAAUCGGAAGACGGAUGUGACUUGAGCGCAGCGUUCCCGGACCUGGCGGCCGCCCAGCCGCCCAAGCAGACCCCCCGCAUUGCCCCACCGAACCGGCGCUUCAUGGAAAUUAGCACCCCGGGUGAGUUGCGGCUGGGUGAGGUGCUCGAGCUCCUGCGGGACUACAGGCGACUGGCGGCGGCGCUUAAGAACCUAGACGCAUUUGAGGACAAGUAA